CGCAGGCGCGAACCGCGGGGUCCUUGCGGGGUGUGCGGUGCGGGGGUGACUUUGAGGCGGUGCCGGGAUGCUGAACAAACUGCUGGGACCGCGAUACGUUCAGCUCAUCCAGAACUGGACUCCCACCCUCAUUACCUGGGGGGCUGUAGCUGGUACUGGUGUGAUAUGGGCCACAGACUGGAAGCUGGUCCUGCAGUAUGUUCCCUACAUCGGUGGCAAAUACAAAACUGAAGAAUAAGCUCCCCUCUGCCAGAAAUGUGUGGCUGGAGAGUGUUUUGGAGCCAUCUGUCCACUGAGAGCCUGCUUGGAGGUGAACUUGAAGUUCUGCACCAGGUUCUGGUGUCCUUCUCUCUCCCAUGAGCAGCUGUGAACAAAUUUCACUUCCCUGACCACCCUCCCUCUGAUCACCUUCACAGCAAAUCUCAUGGGAGUAAUUUAUAAACCUGAUGUGCAAAAUAAACCAACUUAAUGACA